UCGCUCUGGUGGAGGAGGGUCGAUCUCGCUUCAGCGAAUCUUCCUGAAUUUGGACCGAAUGUUGGGAAUCCUCGACGCGGGAGGCCCCCGAUCACGACUUUAGUGGACUAAAACAUCAUUCGUGCAAUCUUCGUGUCCGGUUGGAGUCGUCUCGUGCACGUUGAAGCUUCUCGGCCUAGCUUAGCAUGCUAACAAAGAGACGCGUUUGUGACGUUCAGCAGAGAUCAGGCGUGAGAGCAGAAAGUGUUGUGAUCGUCGUGUGAAAAUGUGUGCGAGGACGACAGCAGCGUACCAGGAGGAACUUUGUGGCCCAAAAGAGGAGAAGGAGCCCCAACGUCAACUACUGGACGCUGUGUUCAAUCUGCAGCCUCGAAUUCUGCUACGCAGAGUGGACAUCAUUAAAGAGCUUCGUACUGAGCGGCAGGAGCCAGAACCCCCUCACAUUAAAGAGGAAGUGGAGGACGAAGAAGUCCACCACAUCAAAAAGGAAAAGGAGCCCAUUUCAAUUAAAAAAGAGGAAGAAGAAGCAUACCGCCACACCAAAAAGGAAGAGGAGGAGGAUAUCACCAAGUUUUCAUCGACUGGUGUCCCUUUGAAGAGUGAAGAUGGAGGUCAAAAUGAGGAGAGUUUAGGGGCGGCGCCUCCAAGCAGCAGCUCAAGUCAACACAUGACAACAGAAGGUGAUGGAGACCACUGUGGAGGAUCUUCAGCAGACGGACUCUUAGUUCCACUGUCAGAUAGUGACGACACGACGUCACACUCUCCUCACACUGAUGAUGAUGAUGGACAGUCUGAAGGUGAUAUGACAUGUCACACUGAAAACAAACAAUGGAAAUGUUCUCAGUGUGGGAAAACAUUUGCUUAUAAGGGCAAUUUGAAACAGCAUGUGAGAACCCACACUGGAGAGAAACCUUUUUCCUGCUCAGUUUGUGGUCAAAGAUUCUCUGAAAAGGGAAACUUAAAAAGUCACACAAGAACCCACACUGGUAACAAAACCUUUUACUGCACAGUUUGUGGUCAAAGAUUCUCUGGAAAGGGAAGUUUAAAAAUACACACAAGAAUCCACAUUGGAGAGAAGCCUUUCUCCUGCUCAGUUUGUGGUCAAAGAUUCACUCGGAAGGAAAACUUAAAACAACACACAAGAACCCACACUGGUGAGAAACGUUUUUCCUGCUCUGUUUGUGGCCAAAGAUUCUCUAUGAAGGAACACUUAAAAAGUCACACAAGAACCCACACUGGUGAGAAACCGUUUUCCUGCUCAGUUUGUGGUCAAAGAUUCACUCUGAAAGGAAACUUGAGACGUCACACAAGAACCCACACUGGUGAGAAACCUUUUUCCUGCUCAGUUUGUGGCCAAAGAUUCUCUGUAAAGGGAAACUUAAAAAGUCACACAAGAACCCACACCGGUGAGAAACCUUUUUCCUGCUCAGUUUGUGGUCAAAGAUUCACUCUGAAAGGAAACUUAAGACGUCACACAAUAACGCACACUGGUGAGAAACCAUUUUCCUGCUCAGAUUGUGGUGAAAGAUUUUCUAUGAAGGGAAACUUAAAAAUGCACACAAGAACUCACACUGGUGGGAAACCUUUUUCCUGCUCAGUUUGUGGUCAGAAAUUCUCUGAAAAAGGAAAGUUAAAAAUGCACAUAACAACCCACACUGGUGAGAAACCUUUUUCUUGCUCAGUUUGUGGCCAAAGAUUCUCUUAUAAAUAUCAAGUUAAGACACACAAGUGUGCUGGUGAGAAAAGGAGUGAUUAAGAUGCUUUUAAUGAAAAUGUAAAUGUUUAAUCUAGAAAGUUACUGAUUUACAAACAUAUACAUUCUUGUAUUCUGUGUACCAACUUUUAUUGUUUCUAUCUUCUUCUUGUCCAAAUACUUUCUGAAAACCCCAGGAGUGUUAAGAAUUAGCACUGGUGCCAAAUUAGUUUAAAGGGACUCGUUAAAGGUGAUAACAUGGGCACUUGUUCCAUAGUGCUGGACUCAAAAAUGUCUACAGAAAAAAAAGCCCUCCAAAAUAGACUCAGUAGUACAACCCCAAUUCCAAUGAAGUUGGGACGUUGUGUUAAACAUAAAUAAAAACAGAAUACAAUGAUUUGCAAAUCAUGUUCAGCCU